GGUCCUCCCAAAACUCGAUCAUGCAGAACAAUCUGAGUGUUGAUCCGUCUGUAGGCUCGCCAAAAUUAUUAGUUUUGCAAAAUGACUGAUCCAACUACAGUGGCAACCGUGGCCCCAACGACGAACCACAGCGACUAUGAAAUGCCUAAAAACUUCCACAUUUUGGAAGGCAUUUGGAUGUUUCUGUUYGUCUAUGUCUUCGUGGUAGCUAUCGCAACUGUAGUGGUCAACAGCUUGACUCUGUACGCCAUCUACAAAGAUCCUCUCAAAUGCUUCCGAAAUCCAUUGGCGGUGUUCGUGACAGGAGUUUUGGUCGCUGAUCUUGUAACUGGGUUGAUAGGCGAGCCUGUYAUUGUUGCUGGGAUCUCGCACGCCUGGCGAACCGGCGAAACCGUUGGCUUCCGCGUCCUGAUCGUUGGCUUUGUUGUGUUUGCAGCUUCAACGACCGUUUCGUUCCUCACRUUAYUAGCAUUAGCUAUCUGCCAGUUGCUUGCCAUCGGAUGGGCUCAACGUUAUGAGCGUUGUGUGAGUUACCGCUCGGCCAAAAUUGGAAUCGGAGUCAUUUGGACUAUCACAAUCAUUUUAUGUUUGUUAACGAUUGUGACUGUGUGGCUUGUAAUUGGGGUUAUGCUUUUCGAGGUGACCCUUAUUACUAUCGCACUGGUUAUCAUCUAUAUCGUUUCGUACCAUGUCUUCCGCAAGAGAGUCAACCGCCAGGAAAAUCUAGUUGUCACAAAGGAAUUCAUGAAGGGAACCUUUUUGCUGGUGCUGGUUCAGCUCCUAACCGUUUGGCCCUAUAUUGCRUGUUCAAUUGCAGCUAUUUUUUAUUAUGCAACUCCCCAAAGUCGUUAUGGGUGGGUCAACCUAGAAAUCGUACGUGCCAUAGCAAAUAUUCUGUUCCUUACAAAGUUCGCUGCAGAUCCCAUCAUUCUUGUGUGGCGCAUUCCAAAGUAUAAAAAGUCGUUGAAGAUCGUCUAUGCCGGCUGCUUGAAAUGCUGUGGUUGUGCUAAAGAUGAAAAAGAGGGAAGAGCAGCCUACAACGAGACCAGACGAGAAGACUUUGACGAAGAUUCGCAAGACAAGGUCAACGUGGAGGUUAUUUAAGCAAAAGUACAACACAUUGACUGAGUUUGGCAUGGUGCUAUGGAGAAUGAAAAAAGGAAUUGUCAUUCGAACUUUUGAAAUAUUAGCUAUUGAUUUAGUGGAACUGCUAGAAUAACAACUGAAAUAGUGACGGUGCUGUACAGGUCGUCUUUUUAAUAAGAUAAUGUAGGAUUUGGGCUUCCUGUGUUCCUGGCUCUCUGCCGUACCGUGUAUGUCUUCGCGACUUACUAGUAGGAGUUAUAUUUCACAGUUGGUUUCAAUUUUACUUCACGUAUUUAAUGCUUUAAAUGAGAAAAAAAACAAAGUUUCUGCAAAUACUAUAAACAAAAACUUUAUUAAAAGCCCCAAAAAUUUGUUUUA